UCCGAAAAAUAAAAUUUCAAUAAACGUCCCCGAAAUUACAAUACUGCCAUUCUACCAGCUUCCUCACUCUUCCCACCACCCUUUUGCCGGCCAUUUGCCUUUCUCAUUCUCAGAUCUAUCCAAAUCCCUUCCUUUUUAGCUUAAUUAGGGUUUAAUUGAGAUCGCCAGUUGUCAAUUUAGUCCAAAAAUUUCAUUUUUUUCCCAAAUUUUCGUUUUUUUCUGGGAGGAUUUUUGAAAUUGAAUUCAAAAUGUUGAGCUCAAAUGUACAACCAGAGGCCAUAUUGGAAUGGCUGCAAAAGGAAAUGGGUUACCGCCCUUUAGGACCGUAUAAUUCUUCUUCCAACAAGUCCAAUUUACCCUCAAUCGAUUCGCUUCGAAAGAUUUGUAGAGGAAACAUGUUACCCAUUUGGCAUUUCUUGUUAACCCGUGUUAAAUCCGAGAAAACAGUCCAAAAUAUCCGGAAAAACAUCACCGUCCACGGCGGCGGAGCAGGAGCAGGAGGAGGGGGCAGUACAGAGAGUGGUGGGAAUUUGGGAAAAGAGGAGGGGAGGAGUAAAGGAGGGGGGAGGAGGAAAGAGAAGGUGGUUGGUGGUGGUGGAGGGGAGGGUUCCGGUGCGGCGGAGAUUAGGGAAGCGGCGAUAAGGGAACGGGAAGCGGCCGCAAAGGAAGUGGAGAGGCUUAGGAAUAUUGUGAGGAGACAGAGGAAAGAUUUGAAGGCGAGGAUGUUGGAGGUUUCCAGAGAGGAAGCUGAAAGGAAGAGAAUGCUUGAUGAAAGGGCCCAUUACAGGCACAAACAAGUGAUGUUGGAAGCUUAUGAUCAACAAUGUGAUGAAGCAGCGAAAAUAUUUGCUGAGUAUCAUAAACGUCUUCAUCAAUAUGUAAAUCUUGCAAGGGAUGCUCAAAGGUCAAGUGUUGACUCUUCUGUUGAAAUGGUUAACAACUUCAGUGCCAAUAGUGAGAAGGAAGCUGUGUAUUCAACUGUUAAGGGAACUAAAGCCGCAGAUGAUGUCAUUCUUAUUGAAACAACACGUGAAAGAAAUAUUCGCAAGGCAUGUGAGUCUCUUGCAGAAUGCAUGAUUGAAAAAGUGCGCACUUCUUUUCCUGCUUAUGAAGGAACUGGGAUCCAUUUGAGUCCUCAAUUAGAAGCUACCAAAUUAGGCUUUGAUUUUGAUGGGGAGAUGCCUGAUGAAGUUAGAACUGUUAUUGUAAAUUGCCUCAAAAGUCCUCCUCAAUUGCUUCAGGCAAUUACCACAUACACUUCAAGGCUUAAAACUAUGGUUUCUAGAGAAAUAGAGAAAGUUGAUGUAAGAGCUGAUGCUGAAACCUUAAGGUACAAGUAUGAGAACGACAGAGUUAUGGAUGUUUCCUCUCCAGAUGUGAGCUCACCAUUAAACUAUCAACUCUAUGGUAAUGGGAAGAUGGGAAAGGAUGUACCUUCUAGAGGAACACAAAACCAACUUCUUGAAAGACAGAAAGCACAUGUUCAACAAUUUUUAGCUACCGAAGAUGCCCUCAACAAGGCUGCAGAAGCUAGGGACUUGUGCCAAAAGCUUAUAAAACGUCUACAAGGAGGUAGUGAUGUAGUUCCUUCACACUCACUUGUUGGAACCGCAGCGCAGAAUGUUGGCAGUCUUAGACAGUUUGAGUUGGAGGUCUGGGCCAAGGACAGAGAAGCUGCUGGAAUAAAGGCAAGCUUAAAUACAUUAAUGUCUGAAAUACAGCGGUUGAAUAAAUUGUGUGCAGAGAGGAAAGAGGCCGAAGAUUCACUAAGAAAGAAGUGGAAGAAGAUUGAAGAGUUUGAUUCUCGUAGAUCUGAACUUGAAACCAUAUAUACUGCUCUACUGAAGGCUAAUAUGGAUGCAGCUGCAUUCUGGAAUCAACAGCCAUUAGCUGCGAGGGAGUAUGCUUCCAGCACCAUUAUUCCAGCAUGCAAUGUUGUUGCAGACAUUUCAAACAGUGCAAAAGAUUUUAUUGAUAAAGAAAUUUCUGCAUUUUAUAGAAGUCCUGAUAAUAGUCUCUAUAUGCUUCCAUCAAGCCCGCAGGCACUUCUGGAGUCCAUGGGUGCUAAUGGAUCUACAGGACCUGAAGCUGUGGCUGCAGCAGAGAAGAAUGCGGCCUUGUUGACUGCAAGGGCUGGUGCCAGGGAUCCAUCUGCAAUUCCAUCCAUAUGCCGUGUUUCUGCUGCCCUUCAAUACCCUGCUGGUUUGGAGGGUUCUGAUGCUGGUUUGGCAUCAGUGUUAGAGUCUCUGGAGUUCUGUUUGAAGCUUCGUGGUUCUGAGGCUAGUGUGUUGGAGGAAUUGGCAAAGGCAAUAAAUUUGGUCCAUAUUCGGCAGGAUCUUGUGGAAAGUGGUCAUGCACUAUUGAACCAUGCUUACCGUGCUCAACAAGAAUAUGCAAGGACAACAAACUAUUGUUUGAAUUUGGCUGCUGAGCAAGAGAAAAUUGUCACAGAGAAAUGGCUUCCUGAACUUAAAUCUGCAGUCUUGAAUGCUCAGAAGUGCUUGGAGGACUGCAAAUAUGUGCGGGGUUUGCUUGACGAGUGGUGGGAGCAACCUGCAUCAACCGUUGUAGAUUGGGUUACAGUUGAUGGACAAAAUGUUGGUGCUUGGCAUACUCAUCUGAAGCAACUUCUUGCAUUUUAUGAUAAGGAGGUUUUGUGAACAAAGUCUUUGAACUGGUGCUGCUAUUUUCAUCUCUAGAAUUCUCCUUUGUUUGGAAACACUUAUUUUCCACUGAGGCCUGUAUGUAGUAUAGUUUGAAAUCAAUGCAUUUCCCAGAAGAAAAACUCUGUAAAUAAAAUUCAGCUAA